AUGUCACACACAACAAGCGCGGCAUCUAAUUCCGCCUUCUUUUCAGGUUAUUUCAAUACCAAUGGUAACAAUCAAUCGCCAGUACCUCUCAUGAGUACAAUGACAUUACCUCCACCCCCACCAUCAGAUUCUGUACAACCGCCACUACCACCUCCUCCUCCUCCACUACCAAAUUCCAAUACUGAUUUAUCUCUUCCACCACCUCCUGUUUCAACAUUACCAAAAUUUGAUAUGAGUGUUCCACCUCCACCUGUACCCACUCAAGAUAUGUAUCAAGAUUGGGCAUUACAAUGGACAUUAUUUCAACAGGUACAACAAGCACAACAAGUUGCUGCUUAUCAAAAUCAACUUUAUCAAUCAUUUAGUAAUCAACAACAACAACCAACUCCAGCUCCUGUACCACCACCGGUAAAUAAUUCUUCGAAUGGUUAUAAUUCUCAACAACAAAAUAUGAAUACAACACCAUCGAAUUGGCAAACACCAACUUCAUCUCCAAAAUUUCGACCGAGACAAGUUCAACAAUCAUAUCGAGCUCGAUUUCCAGCAAAUAAUAAUAAUAAUCAACAAUAUCCAUCGUAUAAUAAUGUUCCACCACCAUCAUCAAAUAAUGUUCAAACAAGACCACAACAAUCAAGCAUACGAUUUAAUCUAAAUACUCGUCCUCAAACACCAGCAAAUAAAUCAGGAAGACGUACUCGUUUUUCUUCACCACCUAAACAACAAAUGUCAUCAUUACCUUCAUAUCCGACACCAAUGGCGACUCCACCGGAAAAUCGUCAUGAUGAUACAAUGAUGGAUACAACAAAUGGUAAUGAACCACGAACAGUUAUGAGUGCUGUCCAAGCAUUUAAAUUAGCCUGUGAUAGACAAAAAUGGCCUGAUACGUUAAAGAUAUAUUGGCAAUCAAUUGAAACUUAUUGUAAAACAAAUUUAUUACGUUCUCAAGCUGAAGAAUGGUUUCAAGGUGUUCUUGUUGAUGCAUUUCAAAAGAAUCUUGUUACAACUAUCGAUUGGUUACAUAAACCAAUACCUGAAUUUCUUCUUCGUCCUGAAUUAUCAUCGAAUGUACGUUCCAAUACGUUUGAUUCAACCAAUUCAAGUUUACUUCAACUAGCUAAAUCUGCAUAUAGUGAAAAUAAACAACGUGAAGAUUUAAUUCGUUUAAAUAAACUUCGAACAGUAACAUCGGAAUCAGUUCAACGUGCUUUUGGAAAUAAUGAUGAUGAUGAUGACGAUGAUGAAACAACAUCAUCACGUAAACGUUCAUCCUCAUCUUCAUCCUCAUCAUCGUCAUCAUCAUCUUCGACAAGUGAUAAAGAUUCAAAUAGUCGACAAAAAAAUGUAGCAAGUUCACAAUUAUUUCCUACCGGUCGUAAACGUUCGAGAAAACCUCGUCGAGCAAAAAAACCCAACAAAAAAGUUCAAUUAGAAGAAAAUAAACCUGUUAAUUCUGCACAAUUAGAAAAACGUCGGAAUCGAUUUAUCAAUGAACCAACAUCAACAGUCAUCAAACCAAUUCAAGCACCUGGUACAUCAAAUACAGUAAGUGAAAAUAGCAAAGCCUUGGUUGGCACAUGUCAAAAAUUAGAAAAGAAUUAUUUACGUUUAACAAGUGAAGCUGAUCCAUUAACAAUUCGUCCAUUAUCCGUUCUUGAACGUGCGUUUUCUUUUGUUAUGAAUAAAUAUAGAUUGAGUAAAGAAUGGUCAUAUAUAAGUGAUCAAUUAAGAAGUAUUCGACAAGAUCUUAUGGUACAAUCAAUACGUAAUAAUUUUACUGUAUUAGUUUAUGAAGAAAAUGCUCGUAUAGCACUUGAAAUAGGUGAUCGUGAACAGUUUAAUCAAUGUCAAACACAAUUAGAAACAUUGUAUGAUAGUGGUUGUAGUCGUACACAUUUAAAUGAAUUUCUUAUUUAUCGUUUGCUCUACUCGUUGCUGCUAAAUGAUUAUAAAAAAACAAAUCGAAUUUUAAUUGAUAUUGAUGCAGUGAAAACUAUAGCAGCAGCAAACGGGAAGAGCAAAGCAAAAGAUAUUGAACAUCUUGAUCUUGCUCUAGAUCUUUGCACGGCAAUUCGCCGAAAAAAUUACAUUCGUUUCUUCAUUAUAUAUAGGUCCCUACCCCAACGCGCUUCUUGUUUAGUUAAUCUUUUUAUUGAUAUUUAUCGGAAACAAGUGCUCAAAGCUUUAAUAUGGGGGUUUGCUCCAACACUUCCAAUUGAAUCUGUUACUCAGAUGUUGGCUUAUGAGUCCAGUGAUAUUUGUCACAAACAUCUAAGUACAUUGGGUUUUACAUUGAUUGAUGAGCCAUCAUUAGGUGCUUCUAUUGAUUGCAAAGCAAGUCGGGCCAUUUUUGAAAAAAAAUAA